GAAGAGCGACUGGAAGAGCGACUGGAAGGUGGUAACGGGUUUUCCCGCCCAGCCGCAUUCAAUGAGAAUCGAUAGCAGCUAAUCAACGCAGCCGCGGGAACGGAAAAGCCAAAUCCAAAGCCAAUCUCCGAGACUCAAAAGCUGCCGAAGGUCGCGGCUCGAGAUUGCCGAUCGCCAGAGAUCAGUAGUUGAUUGCCAGCCCCCGGGGACGCAGCUCGAGAAUCAAUCGGAGCGGAAAAUAGGAAAAUCGAAAAUCUAUAGCAAACCUGCCAUAGGAAGGAAAGCCUCGCAAAAUGCUCCUGCUCCUGCUUGUACCGCUUUUCCUGGCCCUCUUGGGGGCUGAGGCCCAGCAGUUUGGCAAGGCUAUUAUGCAUUUUGGCAACUGCAACUCGGCGGAGUUCGGCAGGGGUACCUGUAUCGAGAAGAAGGACUGCGAUUUUUAUGCCGUAGAUAAGCUGAUGGAAAUGGCCAGCAAACAGCAGUGUUUCUCCCGCCAGCGACCCAAUCUGGUGUGCUGCCCGCGUGAGACGAACAUCAUACCGCCACUGGCGCCCAGGAUCAGUAAUGAGACCAGCAAUGUGACGACCGCGGCGGUGAUCACUCCGCUGAAGUUGCUGGUCCACGCUACGCCACGCCCACCCAGCGGAAUCGACCAGCUGCCCCAGCAUCCGUACUGCGGCUCCGCCUUCUCGUUCCGCGUGGUCGGCGGCCAUAACACCGGACUGUUCGAGUUCCCGUGGACGACGCUGCUGGAGUACGACACAGUGGGCGGUGGCAAGGACUACGCGUGCGGGGCAUCCUUCAUCGCCCAGAGGUGGCUCAUAACGGCGGCCCACUGCGCGCACACGUUUGGCAGGAAUCUGAGCGCAGCCAUUUUGGGUGAAUGGAAUCGGGAGACCAAUCCGGACUGCGAGAACGAUCUGAAUGGCGUGCGGGAGUGUGCUCCGCCGCACAUCCGGGUGCCCAUCGAUCGGAUACUGCCGCAUGCACAGUACUCGGUAUCGAACUACAGGAACGACAUAGCGCUGCUGCGACUGUCACGACCGGUGAACUGGCUGCAAAUGCAGUAUCUGGAGCCCGUCUGCCUGCCACCGCAGCGGGGCAGGUUCGCCAAUCAGCUGGCCGGCUCAGCCGCCGAUGUUUCCGGUUGGGGCAAGACCGAGUCCAGCGGCAGCAGCAAGAUCAAGCAAAAGGCGAUGCUGCACAUCCAGCCGCAGGAUCAAUGCCAGGAGGCCUUCUACAACGACACCAAGAUUAUGCUCGACGAUAGUCAAAUGUGUGCCGGCGGCGAGAUCGGCGUGGACUCCUGCAGUGGCGACUCCGGCGGACCACUGACCGUGGAGGCCAACACGGCCAGCGGCAAUCGGUAUGUGUACCUGGCCGGCGUCGUCUCCAUUGGCCGGGAGCGAUGUGGCACCGCGUUGUUUUCCGGAGUGUACACACGGGUCAGCAGCUACAUGGACUGGAUAGAGAGCACCAUUCGCGCCAAUCGCGUUUGAGUGACCUGCGUUUCCGUUGCGUUUCCGGUUUUUCAUUGGGCUCCCCUCCCAAAACUCGAAGUCAAACACAUUGUGACCUUCGAUGACAUUAAAAGCGAUUUUUUUUAAAUACA